AAAUUAUUCAUUUCCUUCCCCUCUUAUGAUUCUCGUUUUAUUAUAUAAGCAAACUGGAGACACAAUAUUUUAAUAUUACUCCACCUUAGCUAUAGUUAAACCAUUGAUACUUUUUUUUCGAGUAAAAAUAUAAAUAAAAUGUUUAAAAUUGUUUGUGUAACGGUCUUAGCUCUAAUGUUCGUUGGAAAUAGUCAACAGUAUCCACAAGGAGGUGGCGGUGGCGGUGACGCUGGCGGUAGUUUUGGAGGAGGAUUUCAAGCUGGAGCUGGUGGGGGUUUCGGAGCUGGCGGGUCUGAUGGUGGUCAAGCUAGUGGUGGCGUAAAUGGUGGUGCAGGAUUUAGUAUAGGAGCUGGUGGUGGUGCAGGAGCUGGCGCUGGAGGCGGAAAGUAGGAACUUUACAUCAUACAGGACAGAGCUUCAGUUAUAAAUCAAUGUAAUUUUUUAAUCGAAAUUAUAUCAAGUAUAAACAUUUCAAUAAAAACUAAAGAAAUAGAAUUUUAAAUGGUUUAAACUAUUGUU